AUUUUUUAUUGUUUAUUUGGAUUUGUUUGGAUUUUUCAUUCAGAUUUGGUUGGAUUAUUUAUUUUGUUUUGUUUGUAUAAUUUAUUUGGACUUGGUUUCAUGGUAUUUAAGGUAGAUUACUUGAUUUGUUCGUGUAAUUUUGGUUCAGUUGGUUGUUUUGAAUAUUUAAAACAAGUGCGUUCGAAGCAGGCUAGCUUUUCUACUUUCAGGGAGUUUAUUAGGACUUUAGGGGUUGUUGAAAUCAUGUCAGUGGGGCAGCCAUUCACUUGGGCUAAUAAUAGGAGAGGUUCUUCUUUUGUUGAGGAAAAAUUAGACAGAUUUUUUGUGUCCCCUGAUUUGAAUAUGCAGUUUCCUAACUCUAUUGUUAAGCACAUUAAUCUAAUUUCCUCUGAUCAUUGUAUGAUUCUCUUAGAUUGCUUGCCUGAAAUCUUGACUGGAAAAAAAAGGUUUUGUUUUGAUGCCUCUUGGGUUCAAAUGGAGAAUUUUAAUUCUGUGGUUGAGGAUGCCUGGAAUAAACCUGUGGUGGGCCAUGCUUUAUUUAGUAUCCAGGAUAGACUUAGGAAUGUGAGAAUGCAGCUUCUACAGUGGAAAAAAAGUCAUGUUUCUAAUACUAUGCUCACUAUAGAAGACUGUAAAUCCAGGUUAAAUCAAUUGAGGGAGUUAGGAGGAGAUAGAGAUUGGGGAGAAUGGGUUAAUAAGAAAGUUGAUCUUCAUUUAGCCUAUAGAGAUGAGAAAAACUUCUGGAAACAGAAGGCUAGGGUGCAUUGGCUUCAAGGGGGAGAUAGGAAUUCUAAAUACGUCCAUGCUUGUGUUAAUCAAAGAAAAAAGAUGAAUAGGCUAGAUGGUAUAUUGAAAGCUGAUGGGUCUGCUUGUGUCAAUUCUCAAGAAGUAGUAUAUGAAUUGCUUGGUUACUUUGAGAAUUA